AUCAUUUUGCGUAAAAUAAUGACUGCAAAUGUUACUGUUCAAUAGCACAGACACAUUCAGUCAGACACUGUUUUCAGUCGAUUUUAAUUGAGUUUACGAGCAACAUCCAUUGAAAAUGUUGAAAAAUUUGUCGUUAAUAAUCGGUCUGGUUGCGUUGAUCUUGGCCUAUUUUUACAAUCCAUUCCAAAGUGUCAGCUACAGCCCGAUCGUAGAAACCGAAUUUGGUAAAGUUGUCGGAAAGAUAUCAUUGUCCCGAACGGGAAAAGAGUUCUACGCAUACUUAGGAAUACCAUACGCUCUACCUCCGGUUGAGGAACGACGCUUUGAAUCUCCAGAACCUCCGAAAGCAUGGACCGGAGUCAAGCAAGCUACAACAUACGGUUCACAAUGUAUUCAAUUGGAAAUGUUGUCAAACAAAUUGACUGGAAGUGAGGACUGUUUGUUCCUGAAUGUAUUUUCACCUAAGGUCACUGGUCAGGCCGGUCUGCCUGUUAUGGUGUUUAUACAUGGGGGUGCUUUUAUUAGCGGCAGCUCAAACAUUUACGGUGCUACAUAUUUUAUGGAUGAACAGGUCAUACUAGUCACCCUAAACUAUCGAUUGGCCGGCCUCGGAUUCUUAAACACCGGCGACGGCGUUGUGAGAGGAAAUAUGGGCUUAAAAGAUCAAUUAAUGGCGCUGACGUGGAUCAAUGCCAAUAUAAAAUCCUUCGGCGGAGAUCCUAAUCGUGUUACUCUUUUUGGUGAAAGUGCCGGUGCCGCUAGUGUACAUUACCAUGUACUAUCACCACGCUCGAAAGGUCUUUUUUCAAAAGCGAUUGCUCAGAGUGGUACCCCGCUAAACUCCUGGGCUCUGUAUCCCAACCCGGAAAAACAAUCGAAAAGAUUUGCGGCUAAAUUUGGUUGCCCUAUUGACAACUCCAAAGAAAUGGUCGCUUGUCUGAAAAGGUUGGAUGCAGUGGAGCUUGUAAAUGCGCAUUAUGAGAUGCUGUUACCUCUAAGAGAUUCUAUAACCCUAUUCGUACCGACCAUUGAAACUCUGGUAGAUGAUAAAGCAUUUUUAAGUGAAUCUCCCCGCAUUCUGUUAAAAGAAGGACGUUUUAAUAAAAUGCCAAUGAUGGCCGGUGUCAACUCUGAAGAAGGACUGCUCACAUCAGCCGUUAUAACUGCCAACCAAACAAAAAUGGAUCAAGCCAAUGAGCAAUGGACGUGGUGGCUAUCAAAAAUACUGAACAUUCCUGAGGAUGAGCAGAAAGCGAAAUUAAUUCGCAAAUUUUACUUCGGCAACACCAAGAAUAUUGCGUCCAAAGCAUUCCUGAGCAAUUACACAAACUUGUUUUCGGACAGGUUUUUUAUGGUAGCGAAUCAUCAACACGCCAAGUUAUAUUCGAGCCACGCGCCCAUUCGACUGUAUUAUUACACGCAUCAAGGUGAUUUCUCACUCGGACGCAUAAUGGCAUCGUCACAAGGACGGUUUCCACUUAUAGUGAACGUUGUCAUCGACAUGUUCUCACGUUGGUUUCAACGAACAGUAAUGAACGAAAAUGUUCCACACAUGGGAACCGCACACGCUGAUGAAUUACCGUUACUGUUCGAUUUCAUUCUCGGAUACGAUAUUAAGCGGACACACAAAGACUUUGAACUGUCCGCCAAUAUGGUGAAACUUUGGGUGUCAUUUGCUACAAAUGAUGAAUCGGAAAUUGUGACCUAUUCUAAUAUCAAAUGGAUGCCCGUGAGCGCAACAGACACUAAAUUUACGUACCUUCAAAUCGCCAGUAAACCGCAGCUCAUUGAAGAUCCAUUCAGAGAACGAGUGAAUUUCUGGGAAAGCUUGGCUAUUCCCAGUUAACAAGUGCAGCUGUUGACUUUAGAAAGCUUAGGAUUUGUUAAAAUUUUGUUGUUGUUGUUGUUAAUAAAAAGAU